CUGCAGUGGAAGGGACAGCAGUGAAGCUUAUCUAGUCUACAGAAGAUUUGAGAUUGCUCCUUUACGUAAGGUGCUCAAUGCAAAGAGAAGAUGAAAGACCUAGAUUUAGGAGUGGAAUAUGUCAUUCCCAGCCUGGGAUACAGAAAUGUUCGGGAACAACCCAACCAAGAUAAAAGGAAGGAGCCACAGGAUUUUAAGUACCAAAAGGCAAAGUCACAGCAUGUGGAUUGCCUGGAUGCCCUAGAGACUGCUGCGCGAGUCGAAGGACUGCCUCUGGAUAUCUCUGUGCAUUCCAACUUAAAAAUCCUUGAAGAGGACCACCACAAAGGGAAAUAUCACCUUGGACUCAACCUGCUAAAACCCUAUAGAAUUACUUCAAAGCACCAGCAUCCUGUGGACAAUGCAGGAUUAUUCUCCUUUAUGACAUUCUCUUGGCUUACUCCAUUGGCCCGAUUAGCUUACAAAAAGGGAGAACUCUUCUUUGAAGAUAUCUGGCCUCUGUCAAAACAUGAAUCAUCUGAUAUUAACAGCAAGCGCUUAGAGAAGCUGUGGCUGGAAGAGGUGACUGAAAAGGGUGCAGAGGAGUCUUCGCUCCGCAUCGUUGUCUGGAACUUCUGCCGCACUAGGCUCAUGAUCUCCAUCAUGUGCUUAAUGCUCACUCAACUGGCAGGCUUCAUUGGUCCAGUAAGUACUUUCCACCCUGUUUCAACUGGCCAGUGGUAUCUGGUCCUAGGGGGAUCUUUAAAUCCCCCCACCCCAGUUUGAAGCGUCUCUCGUGAUAGAGAAUGGCAUGCAAAUUCCUCACUCUGCAGAGAAAUAAAUACAAACUGUACCCUAAUUACUCUAAAACAUUUAUUAAGAUUUGGCAUAUAACUAGAUAAAUAUUGUCAUUUUAUUUUGAGACUGUAACCCAGUCGUUUUUUUAUAGCCAAUGAAGAUUAAUUUUUGUUCAAAAAAGCUAUUUUUUGGUUACCGCAUGUCUAAGAUCAUGUUCAUACCAGAUCAUGGCAAAUACAUUUAUCCCUUUAUCAGGUUACAGCAACUAUUGAUCCAAGGAAGAAAAAACUUUAUGCCAAUCAUAAGAUGGUCUAGCUAAAAUUGUUGGGCCAGGAAGUGGUAUAGUAAGUUACCAUGUUUAACUGCUACAUUUAGGACACUUGUUUUAAAAUGUCCCCUGUAUAUUGUGUAUUUAUAAAUAUAGUUUUAAUCUUAACUAUAACUUAACUAUUUACAUGAUAAAUGUGUAAUCCCAUCUACUAAAUUUUUAUUUUCUGCAAAUUUGUCUUGAGGUGUAAGAACUUUUUACACCUUUUAGUACUUAAUUUCAGUUUGCUGUUUUAAAGCUGGAAUUGCCUUGAGUGGGUAAGUACUAAUGGGCCCACCAUCCAGGUUAAAACAAGUAAAGAAACAAUUAAAAUCUGUUUAGCUAUAAUACUAUCCAGUAAUAUAAACUGUGCUUGUUCUACAUUAGUAAAGUUAUUUCAGCUUAUGGCAUAAUAAUAAAAGGUAAAAGCAGUGCACUCUUAUUUUAUGAAUUUUAAAUGUAAUGGUUGAGGCCUUAUUCUAACAUUGAAAUAUUUAAGGCUGUAACAAAACAAACUUCAUUAAGAAGAGCUUCUGUCAUUGCUACACUACAUGGGCAACGUGGAGUCACAAGUAAGAUUAUGUUUUUUAACAGUGUUGUAUUUUUCAGUUUAAAAAUGAUUUUAUAAGGCAAGUACAAAUAUAUUUUCCCUUUGGUAGUUAAAUAUCCAAACUAAAAUAAAAAUCCAUAGACUAAGCUCUCAUUAUAACCCUGGGCUUGCAUUAAGGAUUUCACAUGAGACUUAUUUAUUAAAGCUUGCUUUCCAUUGAUAGACUUUGCUCUGUGGUAAUGAAGUGCAUCCUGGCCACUUCCACUCUUAGAUUUUUAAAACAAAACUUUCUAACUUACUAUGCUAUAUCCAUAGUCUUUCUCUUCAACCAACUGAAACUUCCUAUAGUCUUGUAAGCCAGUUGUAAUAAGUGAAUUGCUAGUUGAUGCCUAGAGGCCAAGCAAGGUAUGGUAGGUAUGGUAGGAUUGUGGACAUGGCAAGCGUGCUAUGACCAAAUAUGACAUUUUAACCCUCUCUUUCACAGGCUAUGAAGAGUACAUUGGCGGCAUCCACUCUGUAUUUUAAUUUAAAUACACAGAGGACAAUGUAUAGGCAUAGUAUAUAAAUAGUACUUGUGAUGCACAUAGGUUUUUUUCUUUUGUUUUAACCUCAGGUUUGCAUGGAAGUGGGUUUUCUAAGCUUUUCCGGUGCAGGAAGGAAAUCUUUAGAUAAAUGCAAAUUUGCAGUUUUUGCAUGUAUUAAGAUGUAUUAUUUUGGUUAAGGAAACUUUUACUUGUCCCAGUAAGUAAAUAUUUAGAAAUCUCCCUGUUACAUGAGGUCUUGCUUUACUAAGGGUGAGGCAGCUUCUUUGUAAGAAAUCACAAGACUGCUGUAUUGCAAUAAGGAGGAAUAGAAGCCACUCGUAAGUCUGCCUUUUACACCAAUCACAAUUAAUGAUCUGUAGAAUAAAAAAAACAAAACAUGGGAAUCAUUUAUGGGUUCCAUUUUUAAUGCACAAAGUAAAAUCUCUACUACAGUUGCUUAUGUAGGCUAAUAUGGCUGCUGGAUUAAUGAAAUGUCAGUUAUACAAUAUAGAGAGAUUGACACUUUCAUUGCCACCUGCAAUACAAAUGUUCUUUAUUGUAUCCUGCAUGUUUGGUUUUUUGGAUAUAAGUAAGAAACCAACUUUGGUGUCUUCUGAAAGCUUAUAAUCCGCAAUCCUUUUCAGUAUCAGAAUAAUUAAGCCUCAUUAUAUCUGGUUAUAGCUGGCAUUUAUCACAAUGUGUAAAGGCCAAAAAAACUUGGUAUGUCAUAUUCUCAGUUCAUUGAAUCUUAAUCUAUGUGGGUCCUUAUUAUUUUAUUUGGUGUGUGUAAAAUGUUCUGUUAAAACAGACAAAAGAAUUUAAAAUUAAAGGGUAUGGUUAAACCUGUAACCAAAGAAUUGGUAUAGAAUUGAUUCCUAAACUUUCUUUGUGUCCACUGAUAAAAAGGCAUCUUGAAUUAUUAAGCCACAUGUGAACUUCCAGCCCAGAGUCAUAAUUGCAGAUCUUGUACAGUUUGUAAGGCUUUUCACAUAAAUUAUUUUUAUUUAGGGUUAAAGCACUUAAAGUGGAAGUUCGUCUUUAAUCUAGAAUGUUGCAGAUGGAGUGAAACCAAUCAGUCUGACAAAACUGUCCCCAUAUUACUUGUUGAAUGUCACUGUUGUCUUAAAGGUAAAACUAAAUAAUGCUAUCUGCUUUUUAUUCUUGCACUCCUUGGUUAAUCAUUUCUCCUGAUUUUCCAAAGAGUGCUUUAUUUUUAAAAUCAACAGGACUUAUGCUGGCUAUUGAUGCAAAGAUCCGAUUGUUCAAAUCCUCGAUCGGACUUCCCCAUCUCCCGACCUGCCAUUAACCAUUCAGAUCAAAUAAAGUAGAACAGAACAGAUCAGCCGAUGUUCUGCCCCUGGCAGCAAUCAUACGAAAGUUAUGUCCGACAAAGCUGGUGACAGUCUCCCACUGAAAAUCGUACGAUUGCCAAUACAUGCAGAGAAAUUAUCGGCGGGUGAUAGAAAUUUUCUAACCUAUCCGAUCAACCAAACGACCGAUCUCUGCCAGACGAAAAAUGACGGGACUCUCCACACACGGUCCGAAAAUCGUACGAUUCGUAUGAUCGGAUCUUCGUGUCUAUGGCCAGCUUAAACCAGAUAAUUAGGCACCAGAUAAAGGGGUAGUUCGCUUCUAGAAUAGCAUAGAUUGUCCUAUUCUUAGUAUCUUUUCAGUUGUUUUUGUUUAUCUUUCAUUUUUUAAUUAUUCUGCCUCUUUCCAGAUUUAAAAAAACAAUAUUUUAUUUAAUUAUAUUAUUUAUCUUUCUUUUGAGACAGUCUUCUAGGCUCUCAUUCAGUAACUACCUGGUUGCUAGGAUUGUUUGAAAUAUAGCAGAUAAUUAAACAUCUACAAAAAAA